AUGGCAACAACAACCACAUCAUCACCUCCGCCCGCCUCUACGACGCCACCCUCAGCUGCAACAGACCCCUUCGACACCCUCCUGACGCUAGAAGACCAAUUCUACACCGAAGGGUACAGCCAAGGCCUUGCCGACGGCGAGGUUGCCGGGCGGACAGAGGGUCGGCAGCUGGGUCUCGAGCGAGGGUUUCAAAAGUUUCUCGAGAGCGGACGGCUCCAGGGGCGGGCCAUCGUCUGGGCGAACCGUCUUCCUUCUUCCAAACCGACAGCAAGGCCAAAAUUGCCGGGCUCGGUUGAUCAGCAGCGAACCGGUCCAUUAGCCUCACCAGGAUCGUCGGCGGAGGCGGGGGAUGCAGAGCUAGAAGACGGGGGUAGAGCAACAAGUGAGGGGGUAGUAGAGCUCCCGCCGUUGCCAGAUAACGCCCGGUUGGAGAAGCAUAUCACUACGCUGUAUGCGCUGGUAGAGUCGGAGACUUUGUCGACAGAGAACACGGACGAGGCGGUCAACGACUUCGAUGAUAGGUUGCGGAGGGCACACGGGCGGGCGAAGGUUAUUGAGCGCAUGGUUGGAGAGCAUGGUGUAGGAGGGGAGACACGGAAGGGAACUGGCAGUGACACUGGGAGUGAUGCACUUGGACAGGCGCAUGAUCCUGGGGCUGGGCCGUCGGAGGCGGAUGUGCUAAACGACGUUUGA